AUGAUCAUCCCCGUGCGCUGCUUCACGUGCGGCAAGAUCGUCGGCAACAAGUGGGAGGCCUACCUGGGGCUGCUGCAGGCCGAGUACACCGAGGGGGACGCCCUGGAUGCACUGGGCCUGAAGCGCUACUGCUGCCGCCGCAUGCUGCUUGCCCAUGUGGACCUGAUCGAGAAGCUGCUCAACUACGCGCCCCUGGAGAAGUGA